AUGCUAGAAAAAAUCACCCUGUUGGUCUAUGUCUAUCCCAUCUGUACUUAUGAGAUGACUGCUGAGCUUCGUGAAGAAGUCGUAGAAAAUCAUAAUGCUGUUCGUAGCGGUGUUUCACCUUCAGCGUCGAAUGUGAAGGCCAUGAAAUACAGUAAAUCUUUGGAAGCCUUGGCUGAGACAACUGCUAAGGCAGGUAAAGAUGAAACAAUUGACGUUCGAAAUACUUAUUACACCUACGAUCUCAAUCUUGUCAAUUUUUCAAGUGUUAUCUAUAAAUGGUUCCAGACUUUUCUUAUUUUCGCCAUAACUACAUGA